AUGGAGGACGGCUGCUGCGGGUGCUGCGGCUAUGACUUCGAUUGGGAGGGCUGCACGGAAAGGUGCCGGUCGAUGGGCCCCGUGUGGGCGGGCGCCCUCUUCGGCGCCGGCGUGUGGUGCAUCCUGGACGUGGUGUGCAUAACCACGAAGUACAGCGAUCCGAUGCCCUUCUACGCGUACGUGCCCGGCCUGGUGGCCGCCCUGGCCGCCCUGCUGCUCAACGUGACAUCCAGGGAGCGGCUGGCGUCCCUGGAGGGGGAGGGCGAGGAUUGCUGGGCGCGGGUGUGGCUGCUGUUCUGCUACCUGAUGUCGAUCGGCGCGGCGGUGGGAGCGGUGGUGGUGCUGUUCAGCGACGUGGGGCACCCAUUGGGCGCCUACGCGGGGGCCACGGGGGUCAUGUCCACGGGGCUCAUACUGGGGGGCGGCCUGCUGAUGUGGGUGGUUCGGUCGACGGAUGGGGAGUAG